GGUUUGAGAGUCAACAAGAACCGUUUCAUGAGUUUACUGGGUUUACAAACACCGGGAGUUCCUCAGCCAAAAACCCUCUCCUACUUUGAUGGAGAGUUCAGAGGUCAUGACAUGGACUGUGUGACUCAACUGGAGCAGCAGUAGGACUUCAUGAAAUGUCACCACGAUUAUACAAGAAACCUCCAAGAGCUCUCCGCCAGUGACAGUAGGACCAACUAUGAACAUGACGCCAAAUUCUCCACCGAAUCCCCUCACGAGCCUCUGCGACUGACACGCGUGGUCACAUCAACCCUUCCGACACCAUUAAUGGCCGAGUGCAUCUUUGUAGAAGACCAUGAACAGAUCCACCAGCAGUCAGCUCUGAAGAACAGCAGGAUCCCCAAAAAACCCAGCAGAAUGAAGCAUGAGACGACUGACAAGACCAGACGCUGCCACUGGGCGGAUUUGCCAGAGGAAAGAGAAAAUCCCAACAAACAGAACGAGUUUCCUGCAAAGGCUGAUGGGAAAGGCUGGAUACACCAUCAGCAGCAGCUCGAGCCUGAAGCUUCAUGUGUCACGAACGGUGAGUCUGACUGUGACCUCGCCAUGACCUCUCAGAGACGAGAAAAUAAAGUCAGACACGUGGAGCGUGAAGACAGACCUCUAAGUGUGGUCAUAGAACACUUCACAGACGACAUUCAAUGCUUGGGACUCAUUACAGCCAAUGAGAAAGAGACAGAUACCAACAAGUGCACAACAGAUACAGCUGUUCUACACUUGAGUAAUGGCUACAGCGGCGACAGGCGCAAAAUUCAGAGCAACAGCACAGAGUUGGCCCAUCCGCCAACACCCCACACUAAAUUGAAGGAUGUGACAUCACAACAAUCCUCAUGCAAUGACAUCAUCGUCAUAGAAAGCCACUCCAUUAAUCAUAUCUCAACACUGACUGUGUUUAAGGGUCAUCAGGGAAAUAAUCAAACACACAAACCUCAAAAGAAAACCAGAAACUCUGAUGGACAAAAGUUCUCCUGUAAUCUUAAAUCAGAGUGUCUUCUGUCAAACAGGCGAUGGUGUGAGGUGGUCCCGGUCCACAGUCAGAAAGCAUUUCUUCUGCCGCCGGAAAAUCCACAAUCAGACCAAGAAAUCAACUGGAAAGCUCAAAAUGUUGAAAACAAUUCCAGCGUUCAUGAAGGUCAGAAUGGAGUCGACUUUGAUGAACGCAAAAGUCCCAAAACAUCUAAUCAACCAAUCACAACAUCUGACAAUCAAUCUACGUGCACCUCUGACCACUCCAAACCGGACCAGUGCAUCUAUGAGGAAAUCCAGAUGAUCUCACCCACAUCAGAAGAUCCCAAACCAAAUCAGAACGAUCACACGCAGCCAUCAAUCGUCACGGCAGACGAUGAGAAAACUGCCACUGAGGAUCACGGGGAGUACAGCAUAAUAAACACAGAAAGCAGAAAGUGUCAAGAGGUGUCCAAAGGUGGAACAGGAAGUGAUGUCACAUGCAAACGAGGGAAGGGACAGAAAGUUAAUAGCUCUGUCAUGAAGAGUUCUGUGGUCAAUCAUCAUGUGCAGGAUUGCAGGCCGCGGAUUACCGUGGUAAGCACCAGUCUGUAGACUGUUAGCUUAGAGCGACUUCAGAAAGUCAACGAGACAGAAAAAAAUAUGAAUAUAUGAGAAUGAGACUGAACAGGAAGUAAAACGCAAGAUAAAAUACUGAAUACAAUUCACUUUUCUCUUAUAUGCUGAAUAAAUUAUAAAUAAAUGAAACAAUAAAAACUAUCCAGUCACCAAACUCAGUUUGUGUGACGCUUAUGAUCUGCAGGUUAUUCUGAGAGCUGAGGUGCGGAAUAAAUUCUGUGAACUUUUUUGUGGUUUUUACUAUUUACAGUAUAUAAAAGUAAUUCCAAUCUCUUUUCAAUUUAAAUGUAUAUUUCUAUAGUGCUUUUCACACUUUUACAUUGUUGCAGUUAAGCAACUUUUUUCAAAAUAAGCCUAAAUUUUAAAACAGACAUAAGGAACAGUUGAGAAAUAAGGAAAAAAUAUUAUUGCAAAUUCAUAAAAUGUGCAUUAGCAUUUUAAUGGUAAAAAUAAUUGUUUGUGAAAAUAACGCCACCAAAUAAACAUAAAAUAUUACUUAAUGAGAUUAAAGACUAAAUGGAAAAUAAAAUAAUAAUAAAAUAAAACAAAUAAAACAUUCAUUGUAUCUGCGUUCCCAACUAUUGUCUAACAUUGUAUUCUCAUGUGGCUUAUGGUUUGAACAUAAUAAAAGUGAUUACU